AUGGAUGCGCACGUGCUUUCCAAAGUGGGGAUGGCGGCGCUGCGUGCGUGCAACUUCGCGCGGCACGCCCUCCAAAAGGGGACUGCUUGCGCGCGCGCGCGCACCGCCGAGCCCCUUCUUCCUCUCCUUGCUUUUGCAUCUUUCCUGCCACCUUCCGCGCCGCCGCCGUGGCCAGCCCCCUACCCAUCCCGCCUCCCCCCUUCCCACCCUCUCCCUCCUCGCGUCAUCAUCUCCCCCACGGCUGCAGCGAUAGAUAUUAACCGCGCCGGCAGAGCAGACAGCCAGCGCAGCGCCUGGUGCUCUCAGCAAAUCAAAGGCCCAUUCAGCGGCGUGAUGGAUGGGCCUGCCCUCGCGGUGAACCCGCACUUUAAUACAGAGGAAGUUAUGAAAGCGCCAUCCAUCAGCGGCGGGCGCUUGCUCGCUCGCUCGCUCCUCUUCGCAUGCUCGCCUCGGUCGCUGGCGGCCCGGGGCUGCUGCUGCUGCUUCCCCCCCCCCCUCCACCCGUCCUCCACCGCCCACCCCAACACGCUUCGCCGCCACCUUGCAAAAAUCUCAUUUUGCUUCGCAGCCGCUUGCUUGAUUAUCCGGCGAUCCACGCCCACGCUCCCCUCUUUGGCCCGAUCCCUGCUCCACCCCCCCCCCCCGUUUGCACUUUCAGGGGUGGGGGAGCUAUGA